GAGAGAGAGCGAGGGGAUAAAGUGGAAAGGGUGCGUUUUAAAGCAGCGGAAGAGAGAAAGGGAAGGACGGGGGAAGGAUCUUUGGGAAGGUGGCCGUGGUUUCCCCUCUUGUUGGAUCUCCACUCGCUCUCGAUCUCUUUGUGUCCUUCGCACGCCGCCUGGGAAAUCCAGACCGAAUCCCUCUCGUGCGGCGAAUCCCUGGACGGAUUUUUUUUUUUUUGUUUUUUGAUCGCGAGGUUUUACCCUUGCCCCUCUCUUUCUCUCUCGCGUUUCUCGGUCUCUGUGGAGCUAGGGUUUCGCGGGGAGCUUCCUAGGGUUAGGGUUUUGGAAUCCAUCUCACUGUGUGCUCGUUGAGAGCAGCAAUGGCGGACGCGUUUCCGGGUCAAGUCAGUGCCGUCCAGGUUGGGACCUUUUUUGUGGGGCAGUACUAUCAUAUUCUGCAGCAGCAGCCGAAUCUUGUCUAUCAGUUCUACAACGAUGCGAGCACUGUGAUGCGGGUCGAUGGUGACAGAACUGAGACUGCAACGACAAUGAUGCAAAUCCAUUCUUUGAUCAUGUCACUGAAUUUUACUGAGAUUGAGAUCAAGACAGCUCAUUCUCUUAAUUCUUGGAAUGGAGGUGUUCUCGUGAUGGUUUCUGGUCUUGUACAAACUAGGGACUAUAAUGCUAGAAGGAAAUUUGUUCAGACAUUUUUCCUUGCUCCACAAGAGAAAGGAUAUUUUGUUCUGGAUGACAUCUUUCACUACCUUGAUGAGGAACAAUUGCAUCAGCACCCAGCAACCAUAUUAGGCCAUAACAAUCAUGAGAACAAUUUAAAUAUGCCCGGUUCAGUUCCUGAGGCAGUUUCUGACUACAUGUUGGGAGGAGAAAUUCAAAACACAGAAUAUGUAGCUUCAGUUCAGGCAGGAGAAACUGAUACAGUUGAUAACUACAGCAUCAUUGAGCCACAGCACCAAGUCUGCGAGCCUGAUGACCGAAUAGAUGAUACAUCGCCAAAGGAGCCCAUUAUUUCAUUUCCAAAUGCGAUCAACAUUGUCCAGGACCCUUCUCCUGCCCCUGCAGAGGAGCAUGUGGGAGAACCCCGAAAGCAAACCUAUGCUUCUAUUCUGCGAAUUGUAAAAGGCCAGCCUAGCAACCCUGCAUCUCAGCGGCCUUCUUUAAGCAAGACUACAAUGGUGGCUUCUGAUAGGCAUCAAGCACCACAAUCAACUUCCCAACAGUCCUAUCAUUCCCUGUCAGCAGUACCUGAGAAGUCCAGUUCAGAGAUGGUGGAUGAAGUUAUUACCCCAGAAGAUGAAGGUGAAGAGAAGUCUGUUUAUGUUGGAAACCUGCCCUCUUCUGUAUCUGCAUAUGAUCUAGAGAAUGAAUUCAGGAACUUUGGUAGACUCAAGCCUGAUGGUGUUACUGUCAGGAGCCGCAAAGAUUCUGGUGGUUACUAUGCCUUUGUUGAAUUUGAGGAUGCUGCAGCUGUUCAGAAUGCACUUAAGGCAUCUCCAAUACACUUAAAUGGGCGGCAAAUAUAUGUUGAGGAGCGGAAACCUAACAGUGGCAUGUUCCGUGGAAGAAGGGGUAGAGGUAGGGGUGGAUACCAGUCAGAUGCUCCAAGGGGACGCUUUGGUGGUAGGAGUUUUGGGAGGAACGGGGGGGCAGACAGCAAUGACAGGGACUACAGUGGUAGGCCAAGGGGAAAUGGGUUCCAUCAGCGAGGUCCACGCCAAGGAAGGGGCAUAUUGGGAAGUCAAGUUACAAGGAAUGGGCAACACCAUUCAUCAGAAGCUGCAGCUUAGAUUUUAGGAGUUUGUUAGGUAUUUUUAAGGUGUUGAAGCAUGGCCUCUUUUACCAGCAUGCUUGUGGUUGGUCCUUAGCUUACAAAAUGUGAUCCUUAUUUUUUGAAUCACAUUUACUUGGCCGCAAGAGAUUGAGGUGCCUGUCACUUGUUCCUGUUUCUCCUAACUUAUUUUGGAUGGGUAGAAGGGCAGCAGUAAAGUUGGUAAUGUAUGGUUUCAGUUUUGACUUUGUGAUUUACUUCAAAUUGUUUUCAGGUUUUCUGAACGCCAUACAAGAGAUGCAUUUGGUUACUUUUAGUUCUGCUUCUGCC